CGCAAAGAUUGAUGGGUUCGUUCUCUCAACUCUUCGGGAUUCAAAAUGGGUCGCGUCAGGACAAAGACUGUCAAGAAGGCAGCUCGCGUUAUUAUUGAAAAAUAUUACCCCCGUCUUACUCUUGACUUCCAUAUCAACAAGCGAGUAUGUGAAGAAAUUGCAAUUAUUCCCAGCAAGAAGCUGAGGAAUCAGAUUGCGGGCUUUGUCACCCAUUUAAUGAAGCGUAUCCAGAAGGGAGCUGUACGUGGUAUUUCUAUCAAGCUUCAAGAGGAAGAACGUGAACGAAGAGACAACUAUGUACCAGAGGUUUCUGCCCUGGAUACAGAACUCAUUGAGGUUGAUCCUGACACCAAAGAGAUGUUGAAAAUCUUGGAAUUUGGAAGCAUCCCAAACCUACAGGUUACUCAGCCAAUCACAGCUGCCCAGACAUUUCGACCAGCCAAUAAGUAGAAUGUCCACUACUCUCCUGUGCUAUCAAUGAUCUAAUAAAUAUACAAAGAGAAAAAAGGAUCUCUCUUAAA